AUGUUGCACGCACAAUUGAAGGAUGGCAGAGAAAUUCGUUGGCUCGUUUGUUCGAAUCGGCACGUAGAGAAGUUUGCCACCACCGUUGAGGGAACACUAUCGCCAUCACAUCCGACAAGUAAACAGUUCAAUAGUCACUCAGACGAAGACAAUCCCGUUCGCAUCGCACAGAUAAUACACAAGGCUAUUGAAGAUAUGGAUUGGCUAUUAAAAAAGUAUAGCAGUUGA